AUGGUCAAUUCCAACGACGAGGACCUCGAAGUCUGCGACUACACCAUUGGCUGGAUCAGCACGACGGAUGACGAGUACAUUGCGGCCACAUGGGUGGUUGAUGAGCUUCAUGAGCCCAAUACCUCGCUCCGACGACUGAACGAUCAGCGAAAGUUCGAUUACCAGCUCGGCCGUAUGGGCAACCACAACGUCGUGAUAUGUAUUCCUGCCACGGGACCCGAGUUUACCGUGGCAGCCGUGAUCGAUGACAUGUUGCUGACAUUCACUUCCCUUCGCUUCGUCCUCCUGGUAGGGACUGCAAGCGGGGUCCCACCGGUGAAAAACAACCACGAGGGCAUUGAUGAGCAUGCCGCCGAUGUGCGCCUCGGCGACGUGGUCAUAGGGACCAGCAUUGUCGUUCCCUACAGUCGCGGAGCCGUCCAGACCCCCGGAACUGAACUGAAACAUCAACCCUCCCGGACCAUUUCCACUGGGAUCACCGAAUUCAAGCGGAGACUUGCAGGUGGCCUGGGCAUAGGUCUAUCCCUGAGCUCCCUCGUCGAACAGAUCUGUAUGACAGACGACCAUUUCAAAUGCCCACACCCACAGUCGGAUUGUCUGUAUCAGACUGAAUAUGCACACAUUCCGAGAUGUUGUGAAUGCUUGGUCCCCAGUCCCAAGCAAGUCUUGGUGACUAUUUCGCGGCCCCAGCGCACCCAGGACCGUGAGUUUCAAGUUCACUAUGGCGCGGUGGGAUUUGUCGAUCAACGUAUUAUGGACGCUGGGAUUCGCAAUGAACUUUCCCUCGAGAACAACGUGCUGUGCUUUCAAACCGGAACCACCGAUGUUACGACCAAGAUCGAUUGUCUGCCAAUUCGCGGGCUUUGCGAUUACGCGGACUCGCACCAGUAUCGUGGGUGGAGUGGAUAUGCGGCCCUGACUGCGGCCGUGUACGCGAAGGAAUUUUUAGGUUCUGUGACUGAAUAUAUGGUGUCUGGAAUGAGG